AUGGUUUCGCCAGACGGGGAGUGUCCCCGAACCGGAUCGGUGGAACCGGCCGAUGCCAAUCCCGCGGCCGACGACUCGGUCUCAUCGGCCGGCACUGAAACUUUGGGCGGCAUUGAAAAGUCGACAAAGGCCGGCGACGUCCGUCCAGGGGCCGGGAAGGAUUCUGGAGCCUCUGGAGUUGGAGACGUGGACAUCGAGGCGCAAGGAGUGGGCCACACUCAGCGCUCCACCCCCGACCUCGGCGUGGAAAGAGUAGAGACUCGCAAGUCCCACCACGGCUUUCUCAGCAGGCUCUCCCAGGGCAAGACCGAGAAGCUUCCACCCCCCGUCGUCCCCGUCAUGGACCUCGCCAGGGGUAUCGUCGGUUGGGAAAGCCAGCACGACCCCGAGAUGCCUCUCAACUUUUCCCCCAGCCGCAAGUGGCUUAUUGUCGUGCUCCUAGCCGCCAUUACCUUCAUGACGCCGUUUGCCUCGUCGAUCCUGGCGCCGGCCCUCUCCGCCAUGGAGGCCGAGUUUGAGGAAGACGACAUCACCAAAGGCUCCAUGCCCGUCAGCAUCUUCCUGCUGGGCUAUGCCGUCGGUCCGCUGUUCCUCGCGCCCCUGUCCGAGAUUUAUGGCCGCAGCGUCGUCCUGAUAUGCGCCAGCGCCUGGUUCUGCGCCUGGCUGAUUGGUUGUGCCGUGGCCCCGACCCUCGAUGCGCUCAUAUUUUUCCGCUUCAUGUGCGGCAUAGGCGGCUCGGCGUGCCAGAAUAUCGGGGGCGCCAUCAUCGCCGACGUCUUUGCCGUCAGCGAUCGCGGGCGAGCAAUGACGUUUUGGAUGCUGGGGCCCAUCUUUGGACCGUCGUGCGCCCCCGUCAUCGGGGCCUUUGUGUCCCAGAGCAUCGGGUGGCGAUGGGUCAACUGGCUGGCCUUUAUUCCCGCCACCAUGAUCGUCGUGGGCAUGAUGUUUCUCAACCGCGAGACGAACCACCAGGUGCUCAUGGCGCGCAAGGCCGAGAGGCUCCGGGGGGAGCUCGGCAGGCCCGAGCUUCGCAGUUGCUAUGUCGACCCCGACGCCCCCAUGCUCACCAAGCGCCGGAUUCUCUUCAUCGGUCUCACCCGCCCCCCGAAGAUGCUCUUCCGCUCGGCCAUCCUGUCCAGCGUCUCGCUGUACAUUGCCUUUGUCUACGGCUGCCUGUACCUCCUCUUCAACACCAUUCCCGUUGUCUUCCGGGAUAGUUAUCACUGGUCCGUCGGCCUCACGGGCUUAGUGUAUCUCGCACUGUUCGUGGGCUAUGCCGUCGGCCUCUUGUCCUUUUCGCUCUUGUCGGACCGCACCGUCGUGCACAUGACGGCCACCAACGGCGGUGUCUACGAGCCGGAGAUGCGCCUUCCCGACUGCAUGUGGUUCGCUCUCAUCCUGCCCAUCACCUUCUUCUGGUAUGGCUGGAGCGCCGAUAAGGCCCUUCACUGGAUCGUUCCCGUCAUCGGCAUUGUGCCCUUUGGGCAUGCCGCGAGUGGCCUGGCCGCCUUUUCAGUGCUGCGAUGCGCCGUCGCUGCCUUCCUGCCCCUGGCCGGCCCGCAGAUGUACAAGACGAUGGGUGUCGGAUGGGGCAGCUCGCUGCUGGGCUUCGUUGCCGUGGCGUUAGUUCCGAUCCCAGCGCUGAUUUACAAGUACGGCAAGUGGAUGAGGACUCGCUAUCCGUUGAAGCUGUAG